CUCGGCUCCGUCACGUGGGAAGAGCGCCCCGGGCUCCUCGGGGGAGCUGAGCCACUUCCUCGCUGAGAAUCGCGGCGGCGGUGGCGGCGGGUGAUUUUGGCGGGGCUCCUCCCGCUUGCUGCGCUUUUCCUCUCUGCCUGCCGGGACGGUGUGGCUUGGCCAGGUCGGCCCUCCUUCAGCCAUGAGGCUCCAGGCUGGGCUUUUGUACUCGGGGCUGCUGCUGGCGCUUCUGCCGUGCUGCUUUCUCGUGCGCUCGGAGAACCAACAAAGCAGCCCGGGUAAUGCCACUUCAAAUGGAACAAGUCAUACAGCCACAGCAGCUCCGGUUAACCCAGCUAUCAAUAUUACCACCACCACCAUCCCAACUGGUACCAAAAAUGUCACACUUUCAACUGCUGUGCCUUCUAACACCACCACCAGUGCCACUGUCAAUGCAACAACUGCCACCACCGUAGCAAGCACCACCACUGUAAAAACCAGUGCUACGAAAACCUCACCCACUUUACCUACAUCACCCAAUGUGACCACAGCAUCGAAGGCGCCGUCUUCCAAUUCCACUACAGUAACGGUCACUCCUAAAGCGGCGUCAACUUUUUCCAGAACUUCAGGGUUUGAUGUAGGAAGUUUCAUAGGUGGCAUCGUGUUGACCCUGGGACUUCUCAUCAUUGGCUACAUUGGAUGCAGGACUUACCAUGCAAAAAGGGGUGUCCAGUACCGAACCAUUGAUGAACAUGAUGCCAUCAUUUAAAGAUUAUGCUCCAAAGAUACAUCUGAAACAACCACUCCUACUCUUAUGUUUAGAAAUAAUUCCCCACCCCCAGAAAACAUGCCUUAAUGGAAAAAGUUGAUCACAGCCUACACGGGAGUCCGUAAUUCUUGUGUCGCGGUGCACGCUCGUCAGAUUCUAAAGGAUAAUGAAUACUUCAAAGCACUGAAGAGUUCCAAGCGAUAACUUCGUGGUUGGCAUCAGAUUAUUGAUCACCUUUGGAAGAAACUGUUGUGCACAAAAAAUCAAAGACAUCAGCUCCCAUAGUAGAACAUAGAUGGUGGCAUCAAAAUUGUGAUUGCGCUUACUAUAAUACCACCUUGUAAGUCACAUGGGACUUCUGUACCGUAAACAGUCCAAACAAUGUUAGAUAAAUAACAAAAGCUUCUGUUUUCAAAGGCCACCGGUGAACCCAAAACCAACAUUUUCAGUUUGUUUGUAUUAGAUUUGUGGAAUGUCGUUUUUGUUGUUGGGGGAGGGGGGGUGUAUGUGUGCUUUUUUGUUAAUGAUCUGGGAAGUUUCAAGAUUUUGUUUGUUGGAUUUUAAAGAAAAUAUUUGUCUGCUUUCUAAAGCCAAGAAGCAGAUUCAAGGAUAUAUAUGUGUGUGUGCUGACGUUGAGGGAGGGGGGUAUUUUUUUUUAAAUUUUGCAUGGGAUAGGAAAAAAUUUUGAGUAAUGCAUUGUUCUUGAAAAUGGUACAGUUAUGUAUGUACCGGUCCUUACUAAGUUGAGAUAUGUUUUGAAACAUAAACGGUUGUUUUAGCCUCGAAGGUGGAUUCGUGUGAACAUUUAUAAUUUGAUAAGGUGAACAAGUCAUGUCAUUGUUUCAGUGCUUCACAUGCUUCAACAUACAAAGCCCCUCCUUAUUCUGAGUCAGACCAUUGGGCAAUCCAGCCCAGUAUUGUUGGCUGUGACUGGCAGUGGCUCUCCCAGUCCUCUGCUAGUCUGCAUGGAAAAUACUAACCUCAGUGAACCUAGGUUCUGAUGUAGGAUGAGCAGCUUCUUGUGCAUGGUAUUCAAAGCAUGUAUUCUGUCCCUGAGCUAUAUUGUCUCUGCUCAGGAGAUUCUUUGAGGAGGACUGACUUUCCAUUUUAAGGCAUAUUGAAACAAUGGCUCCAUUGGUUCACCGGGUGGUAAAAUCUAUGCAGAUCAACAUGGUGUCAUCACAGCUCGUGACUUGGCUCUUUCCUCAGUAUAAUAUGCACGAUGGUGUGACGAUUGCAUCCUCUGUAUCAUACUUGCGUGUGUUAAACUAUGUAAGGUUUGUAAAAGAGAACAUUUGAGAUUGAGCUGAAUGUUUCCAUUGAAGGUUGUUUGAAAUUGCUUCUAAAAACAUGAGGUGGAAACAGAUUAUAGAUUUGUUUUUGUUUUUUUUUAAGAGAUUUCAGAAUUAUUUGGGAAGGGCUUCCCUUACCUUGGUGUGCAGGGAUUGGAUUGUCUCGCUGUCACCUUUGAACAAACAAGUUAAUGACGAAGACCUGCAAAACCAAUUUGCUAGAGGUGAAAGUGGAAUGAACCUUCACAGCAUUCCCGCUUCCAAAGAGCUUUAAACUCUGAAAUAAUUUUUAAAAACUAUCAUCUGUCUCCAGCCUUGAUGUGUUUCUGCUGAGGAGCUUUAUGUUCACAGAACAAGACAAAAGUUACUGCAUUGCAUAUAUUCUUUCUUUUUAAAAGUCUCCAGGGCUUUUCUCCCUUCUCUAAAAUGUCUGCCUGCUAGCCUGUCAUCCAAACACAUAAAAUUAUCAGGAAGAUUUCCUGUCUCUCUCACACAGCAUCACAAUAUGAGUUUCACAAAAGGGUAUUUCUUCGUUCUGGCCUAGUGCGUUAGUGUGACUGGACAGGGAACCAUGGAGUUCAUUUCCUAAGUUAUCUUGAGAACUGAGGCCAACAUGGAUUUUAAAACACUUUUGCAGUCAUUCAUGUAACUGGGAGGUGGGUGAGCACUGCUGACAUAUGUUCUCCCCCCCUCCCCAGUCUCUCCAAUCAUUGUAAAACAGCCCGCCCCCCCCCGCCGGACACACACACCUUUUAAAUCCCUUUUUCCAGGGAGAUGCAGAGGGCUACCAAGCUUGACUGGCCCUAAAGCUCCCUGUGUAUGGUGGACAUGAGGUGGUACAGUCCUUGAUUUGACAGUCUAAGCUAGGACAGUUCCAUUGUAGAGAAAGUACAUGUGGACUGGCUUUUCAGAAUACCUUCAGCAGGGGAUUACAGCCUAUGGGAUCUGCUAAAGGGCUUCAAUACAGCCAGCUUUUUCAUACCCCUUCUGUACUCCAAAAGGGACCCGCUCUUCUCUUUUUCUCCAGGUUUUUAGCUCUUACACAAAAUAUAAGAAGCUAAAAAAAAAAAAAGCUUUUAAUCGCUAGGAGCCAGUGCACAAUAUUAACACCUGUCAAAAUGAUCAGGUAGUAGGUGACGUAAAAAUAUCUCUUGCUUGAGACCCUGUAGAGUUGCUGCCAGGUUGAGUAGACAGUAUUACACUCAAUGGACCAAUUGGCUGCUUCAGCAUACAGCAGCCUGCCAAGGAGUGGAUACUUUGGCACCCAUUUGUCACAGAAAGCAUGUCUAGGUUCUCUAGGGGAGGGAAUCUGCCACUAUAGGGACUAUAAGCUGUACAUCAACCCCUAAAUCAAGUCUGGGUGACUCUGUAAUGGUUGGUGAAGUAUUAUUUCAGGGAAAAUGCAAAUAAUUUAGAAAUCAUUCACUCAGGGCACAUCCACACCACAAACUUAACUGAUUUUAACAGCUGUUCCCUCUGCCCAACAACCCUUUGCAAAAAGACAUGAGAAGUAGAUACAGAGAUCUCUUACGUGUUUUCAGCACCCUGUAAAACUGCAGUUUCCAGGGUUACUUGAGAGAAGCUGUAACAGUUGAAGUGGUUUAAAACUGAAAAAAGUUUGUCCUACAGAUAGGGCUUCGGUCUCAUGGGAAGUUUUAUAAGAAUUCUGUUUUUUCAGUCUCUUGGGGGUGGUUUUGUAAGAAUCCUCCUAAAUACCUAUUAUGCAAGUAUGAUUUCUGUUAGAAUGACUCAGUCUGAUCAUUUAACAAAGAAGUUGGGGCUUGAAUUUUCAUCUGUUUUU